AAAAACCCAAGCGGGGCACUUGAGACAUCCAGAUGUUGCGUUUGAGGCACCAAGUGAAGUCGGGAGCAGGCUACAACUGUUUCCACGCUGAAACAAACUUUCAUACAUUGCUUUUCCUGUUCACCAGCAGUGAUGGAAGCUGGCAGCCUCGAUUAAAGGAGGAGAAGUGAGCCUGAUAAAACAUUUUCACGCCACUUUUAUUUGUUUGGACAAAAAGGAUAUUGAUGAGGUCGUGAAAGCUACAACAAAGCCUCAAUUUAACUGCGCAGUUUGGACGUUUAAACCUGGUUGAAAUGUGUGUGUUUCAACGCCGGGUUGGAGUUAAAUAGUCCAUCAGGCUGACACUGUCGCUGAAAUAUCAUUUAAAGCUCUUAAUAUUAUCUAUUUCUGAGUGUGUUUGGGACAAGUGGGCAUCAUGGUUUUUGUUCACUUGCUCCUGUGUGCCGGCGUGUUAUCAAUGCCGCUGUGUGGAGGCUUUUUCACUGGACCGUUACAACCGGAGAUGUCUAACGGCACUUUUCAUCAUUAUUUCGUGCCGGACGGAGACUACGAGGACAACGACGACCCGGAGAAAUGCCAAGUGCUUUUCAAAAUGACCGACGAGCGAAAGUGUGGUCUCGACGAGGACCAGGACUCCGUCAUACGGGAUGAUUUCACCAUCAUCAAGAGGCAGAUUGAGGACUCGGCCAGGGUCCUGGAAGGGGUCGGGAAAAGCAUCUCGUACGACCUGGACGGAGAGGACAGCUACGGGAAGUACUUGAGGAGGGAGACGGCUCAGAUAAGCGAGGCGUUUACAAACUCGGAGAAAUCUCUGCUGGAGCUGGAGGUAAAAUUCAAGCAGAGCCAGGAGAGUGAGCUGAAGGAGGAGCACCGGCUCAACGACGACUUUCUGAACAUGAUAGUGCACACACGGGACGUCCUGAAGGACACGGUGGACAUUUCUCUGGGACUAAAGGACAAGCACGAGCUCCUGUCUCUGAUCAUCCGCAGCCACGGCACGAGGCUGAGCAGACUGAAGAACGAAUACAUGAAGUUCUGAGAAAAAGUAGUUCCUACAGUUCAUUGCAUUACUAUUUUUGUGUGACGCAGGAGUGAAAACACGAGCAAUCAUAUCAGGGAUAACAACCAAGCUUAAAGGGCCAGUUCACCUGAAUUACAAAAACAAAACAUAUUUUCUCAUUUAACUCUAGAGCAGUUGUUCCCAACUUGGUUUACUCCAAGGGAUCAACACAUAGGCUAUAUAUAUAUUUAGGUCACAAGAUGGUUAAUGGGAUAGAAAAAAAGGCACACUGCCUCACUUUAAAGGGUCACAGACAAAAUAGUUUGGGAUCGACUGCUCUAGAGGUAGACUAUGUAGCAAUGCAGACAGUGUUGGUUGAAAUUGUCCAGGUUAUAUAUGGAUUACCAAAUGGGCAAAGAAGGCAACUGCCCCAAGGCCCCAGACACACAGAGGCCCCAAAAGCCGUCCCAUAUUUACUGUGUGUCAGUUGUGUUUUGGUAAUUUAAAAAAUACAAUGCAAUGUUGCACAUUUACACUACUAAAGAAGAAUGUCAACUAUGAUUGGUUCUGCAAUAUUACCUGAUCUCAUGGCCCUGUUUUGUAGAGGCGCCAUGAUACCCUAAUUAUUUCUGUUUAUAUUGUGAUAUUUCCUAAAUAAAGUUUUGCUUCAAAAAAUUAAAAUGUAACAUUGUGAGAGAAACAGUGUUACAAUAUGCAUUCAUGGCAGAAAUCUCUUUGAGGGAUAGGCUUGUAUAUAAAAAGAAAACUGGGUAUAUAAACCAAAACUAUCUCCAUUGCUAGGAACCGCUAGUGUUAAGUAAGAACAUGUAACAUAAAACAUUUCUAAAGGACUGUAUUGUAUCUCACACCGAAAAUCUUACUUAAAAAAAGGCAAUGUGGAGCGGGCAAUAUGGACAUUACCCUCUUUCACAGUAUAAGGCAUUUAUAUAAAAAUAUUGCGAUAGAUUUUCUAGACAAAGCCAAUUGAGAAAUUGUUAAAGGAUAAAAUAACCAGAAAGGAAUUAAUGUUUUUGGCUGACCCAACAAACUAAUUACCUAACAAAUCAGUAAUUUAUCAUACUGAUGCAAAAGAUCAAUGAUUUCCAAUGCACCCAGAGUAUUAAAGAGCUACCAAGGUAUAAACAGAAAGUCAAAAUCUCUAGACAAAAAUAUAUAUCAUCUGACUGUGUAAAUUGUCAUAUUGCUCACUCCUAGAGACCAUUGCAAUGUUCAUUAGAAACCAUAAUAACACACAAUAGUAGUUCAAAUUACAGUAAUAUUUUCCAAAAAAUAAUGUAUGGCCUUAAUGUUAGUUGAACAUUAUCCGUCCACCUCUUUUCUUGGUAUAUAGUCAUUUAUGGUAAGUGCAUUGAAUUGAUCUGUAAACAGUCACGUUUGUGCGUAUGUAUGUAAGUGUGGGUGUAUGUGUAUGUGUAAAACAAUGGCUUUGAAAAUGAGUCAGCCAAUCAAAAAAAGUGAGAAUGGGAACUACCGGUAUCAGCUUUCAAAACACCAGUACUGUAGUCAGAUGAAGGUUUUUUUGAGACUCAUUCUGUCCUCUGUGACAAAAAAAAACUUGAGUGAGGGGUGAGUUUUGGAGAGAUUGUGUUCAUAUUCUCUAGUAAAUGAUAUGCGUUUUGUUUUUUUUACCCAAAAGUUAAAGAUAAAUGAGUUUUGGAUAACUCUUCACAUAGCAGUAAAGCAGGGGUGGACCUCAUGUACUGUAGUAGCCUGGUUAAAGGCUUCAAACAUGAGCGGCCGUUAUUGUUGCUCUUCUCUGACACUCCAGAUGAAUGUUUCUCAGAAUGUCGAAGAAUGUUUACAUAUGGACACCUACGUUUUGCUUUAUAGGCUAGCAGACUUUGCACAAUUCUUUAACUGUUCCUGUGCUAAAGGUUGUGACAUGGUUGAAAAUGCCUUUACUGUGCUGUUCUGCACAGGCAGUAUAAUCCUGGAAAAUGUACAGUGUAUUAUUAGAAGUAAGUCAAUACUGUGAGUGCUAUCUUUAUUACAAAACGCCUUAAUGUGUAUUCAUUGUUUAUAUAAAGUUUUGAAAUAGAGCUGCAUAUAGAUAUACCUUUUUUAAGAUAUGUGGUGAGAUGUAAUACAUUAAUAAAUAAGACUGCAGGCAGCACUCGUGGACUUCAAUGUUAAACACUAAUCUGUGUGACAAUAUUCUGAACGGAUUAUGUUGUGUUUUCUUAAAUAAAGAGUUUGUGUUUGA